CCGGCGGAGGCUCCGUUGUCAUGGGGACCGAGGGAAGGGCUUGAGGCCUAGGUGGAGAAAACCUCCAAGAAGCGAAAAAAAGAAAGGCAGCAAAUUGAGGGUCUCCGGCCAAGAAGAGGAAAAACCGAGGAGAAGAUGCAGAGCUGGUGAUUUAUACCGAAUGGUAGAGUCUUAAUUUUCAUAUUGGACCCUGAAAUCCUCACUGGAGUUGUUUGCUGAUUUGAAGUGGCUCGUAUAUUUUAUUGCCGUCAAUUAUACAUAGCGUUAUCAUUGUUCAGCAAGAUGACCCAGGCUGAAAUCAAACUUUGUUCUCUCCUGCUCUGUGAACAUUUUGGUGAAAUUGUGGAAAAGGUUGGAAUGCAGCUCAUCCGUAUGGGUGGACAGACGUUAUGGAUGAUUUCCCAAAACACAGGCAUAUCACUUGACCAGGUCCGGAAAGCUCUCUGUGUCCUCAUCCAACACAACUUGGUGAUAUUCCAGCAGCAGAAGCGAGGCCAGGUAGAGUAUGAAGCCCAGUGCAGCCGAAUGCUGCGGAUUCUUCGCUAUCCCCGGUACAUCUACACAGCUAAAACUCUCUAUAGCGACACAGGGGAAUUGAUUGUGGAGGAAUUGCUACUCAACGGCAAAAUGACAAUGAGCGCCGUAGUGAGGAAGGUGGCUGACCGGCUGACCGAGACAAUGGAAGAUGGGAAAACAAUGGAUUACAGCGAGGUCUCCACCACCUUUACAUGCCUGGCAGAUACGCAUUUUGUUCAGAGAUGCCCUUCGCUGUCCGAAGGUUCUGAGUCUACCGAAGCACGGCCUUCCCCCACACCUACGUUGGCCUUUAAUGAGAAGGAUAUGUAUGCUGUUCCAAAGCUGAACCUCAUAGGAAAGGGAAAGCGGAAGCAUUCAGACAACUCCAAGGAGGACGGUGAAAGAGGGGCAAAGCGAUCCAAACAAGACACGGAAAGCGAAGAGCCUUCUGUAGACAGUGGAAUCUUCUGGAAAGUCAACAUUGACCGUUUCCACCAGCACUUCCGGGAUCAAGCAAUCGUCAGCGCUGUGGCCAACAGGAUGGACCAGACCAGUAGCGAAAUUGUCCGGACUAUGUUGCGAAUGAGUGAAGUCACAACCUCUUCUAAUGCCCCCUACACCCAGCCGCUCUCUUCCAAUGAGAUAUUCCGAUUACUUCCGACUGGCUACAACAUCUCCAAGCAGAUUCUUGAUCAGUACCUAACUUUACUAGCAGAUGACCCGCUUGAAUUCGUUGGGAAAUCCGGUGACAGUGGUGGAGGGAUGUAUGUGAUCAAUCUUCAUAAGGGCCUGGCCUCUCUAGCCACUGCAACGCUGGAAUCCAUUGUGCAGGAAAGAUUUGGGUCCCGCUGUGCCCGCAUCUUCCGCCUUUUAUUAAGGAAGAGGCACCUGGAACAGAAGCAGAUCGAGGACUUCGCCAUGAUCCCAGCCAAAGAAGCCAAAGAAAUGAUGUACAAAAUGUUGUCGGCCAAUAUCGUAGCUCUGCAGGAAAUCCCCAAAACUCCAGACCACGCACCUUCCCGGACUUUCUACUUGUACACAGUCAAUACUCUCUCGUCUGCCCGGCUGCUCCUCCAGCGCUGUUACAAGUGUGUGGCCAACCUGAUAGAACGGCGACUCCACGAGACCAAGGAGAACCGGCGUCUGCUGGAGAAGAGCCAGCGGGUGGAGGCCAUCCUCGCCUCGGUCCAGGCCACGGGGGCUGAGCAGGCGCAGCUGCAGGAGAUUGAGGAAAUGAUCACGGCACCCGAACGGCAGCAGCUGGAGACCCUCAAGCACAACGUCAACAAGAUCGAUGCCAGUGAAAACCAAGUGGAUGAAACCAUCUUUAUUUUGGAAUUGUACAUCAACAGCACCAUCAGGCACUGAGCCAUCGGCUGGAGCUCAGAAUUUCCUGUCUUCUAAUUUUUAAAGUCUGAUUUGUUUUUUUUUCAUAUAAAAAAGAUUUGUUU